UGCCACACUGGAGAUUAAUUAAGAGAUAUAAAAGCCAUUUUUACAAUAAUUAGUUGAGCCAAGUCUGUGAGUGAGAUCUUCCGUGGCUUUGACUAACAUUUGCCAAAUCACUUUUAAUAAGCUUGGUCCUGCUGCGGCAUCAGCUGCACGCUCAGUACUUAGCAAACUUUUAAUGAAACAUGUUUUUUGGUUUUUUUUGUUUGUUUUCAUAAUCACACUUCUCAGUGUCUAAGACGCAGCCAUGAGACGGCGGAGUAUCUUAAACAUUUUUGAUAUAAGAUCUUCAGUGUCACGGUGGUGACGUCAGGUGCACGGAGGAGCAGGCAGGGAGCGGAGAGGCGGAUAAGCAGGACACAACCUGUGCCGGUGCGCAUCUUUCCAAACUUCUCCAGCGCUGUCCAAAAGCGCGGGGCAAAACAAAAGCGCCAGAGGAAGAGAUCAUCAGGACGAGUGAUGAAUAACAAUUCUAACAAUUUAAACACGAGUCCGCCGGAGGUCGGCGGCGGCGGGGCCAGCGGCGGCUCCGGGACCGUGGACCAUGAACUCGUUAUCACCUCUACCUUCGGGACGCUUCUCUCCGUUGUCUACAUUAUCGGAGUAUCGGGGAAUGUGUACACCCUGGUGGUGAUGUGUCACUCGAUCCGUUUCGCCACUUCCAUGUACAUCUCCAUCAUCAACCUGGCUCUGGCUGACUUGCUCUACCUCUCCACCAUCCCCUUCGUGGUGUCCACCUACUUCCUGAAGGACUGGUACUUCGGGGACGUGGGGUGCCGCAUCCUCCUCAGCCUGGACCUCCUCACCAUGCAUGCGAGCAUCUUUACCCUGACUGUCAUGUGCACGGAACGCUACCUGGCUGUCACCAAGCCGCUGGACACGGUGAGACGCUCCAAGAGUUACCGUAAAGCUCUGGCGUGGGGCGUUUGGCUGCUUUCUCUGGUCCUCACUGUGCCCAUGAUGAUCAUGGUCGCCCAGACUACUAAGAACACUCCGGAUGGGGGUGUAAAGAGGAUGUGCGCACCCACCUGGGCGCCCCUGGCUUAUAAAGUGUACGUGACUGUCCUGUUUGGCACCAGCAUCAUGGCACCGGGACUCAUUAUUGGUUACCUGUACGUCAAGUUAGCCCGCACUUAUUUAGAGUCCCAGCGCAACUCUGUGAUCAGCAAAGGCGGUAAGCGGUCACCAAAGCAGAAAGUGCUGAUCAUGAUCUUCACCAUCGUGCUGGUGUUCUGGGCGUGCUUCCUGCCGUUCUGGAUCUGGCAGCUGCUGCCCCUGUACCACACCAAGCCCCUGAGCUUGGCCUCGCAGACACACACCUGCAUCAACUACCUGGUGGCGAGCCUCACAUACAGCAACAGCUGCAUUAACCCUUUCCUCUACACGCUCCUCACCAAGAACUACAGGGAGUACCUGAAGAACAGACACAGGAGCUUCUACAGGUACACGUCCUCGUUUAAGCAGCGGCCGCCCAGCCUCUACUCCUGGGGGAAGUCUGCGUCCUCCAGCAAUCAGUUUGAGUUCAACUCCGAGACGCUGGUCAUGGGGACCCUAAAGUGACUUCUGAGCCACCUGCAAGAGAGGAAGAAGCUUUUGUAACCGCGACAGGUAGGUG